GUGUAUUUCGGACAUGAUUGUAAGUUGAGUGGAAAAUACUUAGUGAGUGUUUGUUUGGAUGAUUUGAACCGUGGAGUCCGAGAUGACGGAGUUGUUCAAGAUGAUGCAGAACCCGCUGCUGGGUUACAAACCUUUGAGCCAUUUCCACCCAGGUUUGCUGCUGAUGGGGCCGUCUUCUGGAAGCGACAGUGGGAGUCCGAGUCCACCGGUAACUCCGGGGAAGUCUUUCACGAUCGAUGCUAUCCUGGGACUACAUUCGGCUGCGGCUUCCACUACUACAGCUAUAGACUACUCCAGUAGGAAUAUUAAUGAUGACAACCGCGAGUGCGGAAGGAAGGGAGGCAAGUCCAAGAGAGUGAGGACGAUCUUCACACCAGAGCAGUUAGAACGACUAGAGGCAGAGUUUGAGAGGCAACAAUACAUGGUGGGGCCUGAGAGACUUUAUCUGGCACACGCACUGCAGCUUACAGAAGCACAGGUCAAAGUGUGGUUCCAAAACAGAAGGAUAAAAUGGAGAAAGCAACACCUGGAGCUUCAGCAACAAAGGUUGGCAGCGCUGAAGCAGCAACAACAACGGCUUCAGCAGGAGCAAGAACUGGAGAGUGACCCCGAGACUUCCAGAGGGGACGACCCUCAGCACUUCCUGGCUGCGGGUGUACCUUCCGUGAGCCACGAGUAG